GCGGUUCAUACGCAGUUAAAAAAUCAAGCAUGUGUGCGUGCACAUGCAAAUAAAUGGCAGAUGAUUAUUCGUUCGUGAAUGAUAAGCCACAUGUUGCUUUGAACAUGAUACAAUUAAUGUGCUCGAUGAAAAAAUCAGUGACAUUAAAGUUCACAAAGACAUGAAGACAUGAAGAUCUAAAAUAUGGAAAACUCGUGUCGGAACUAACCUCGAUGCGAUCGCAAGCGGGAUGAGAGUUGAAACGUGAUUUCGCGAAAGGUUUAUUAUUUGCCGGAGUUGGCGUUGAGCUACAUGAGCGAGACGCAUACCGGCUUUGUCCUAACUCGCAAAUAUAAUGUUCGGCAAGCUGUGACGUCGUUCAAUUUUACUCCCAAAACAAAGUGGCAAAUGAUUAGGUCAUGUGGGUCAUCGAUAAUACGAUAUAAAUUAUCACAUGUCAGUCUUAAUUUUAGCAUUCAACCCUAGUGACAGAGACCACUUACAGAAGAUGUAUCAAAUUAUCCGAUAUUUAUUAAAUAGGUGAAGGUGUACUGUAACUAAUAAAUAUGGUGGUAAAUGCCUUUGAAUUACUCCCGUCCUAUCAUUCCAAUGGAGCUGGAAAGGAGGUGUGCCAGUGGUUGGCACACAUCAAAUUGUCUAGGAUAAUUCUUUUAACAUCUGCAGUUUUAUUUAUUGUGCCAUUAUUUACUCAUUAUUAUUUAUCCAAGGUAGAAAACGAUGCUCCAGACAGGGAUAUGUAUAGAACAUUUUCAACGUUGGAAGCUUUUGAGGAUUUCACUGCCAUGAAGGCAUCGCAACUAAAGAUGAGAAUAGAGGAGAUGUUGCGUAUAAAGAUAUCAGUGAGUAAUGAACUAAGAGAUCUAAGUGCCAAGAGGCAGAGGCUUCAAGUGGAAGUUAACAGUCUGGCCCAGAAGAUAGACGAAUUGAAGCAAGAGUUGUUACAUCAACAGACAGAUUUAGACAGACUAAAGAUCAGUGUGGAACAAGCACAAGUAGCACAGAGAGAAGCGGUGGAAAGGAACACGCCUGAAUUAGCACCUCCUAAGAGAAUAUUAAUCAACACUAUUCCAAUUGUAUUGCCAAGCACGGAUCCACGAUCGUGUAGAAUGUACAAUUGUUUUGAUCACAGUCGAUGUGCACUGACGAGUGGUUUUCCCGUAUUCUUGUAUGAUCCGGAUCAAUUUUCUGUAGUUAAUCUGGGUUGGGACGUAGAUGGCUUUCUAAAAACUACCAUCAAGCAGACAUUAGGAUACAAUCCGCACCUUACGAGGAAUCCAGCAGAGGCGUGCGUCUACAUAGUGUUAAUCGGCGAAGCAUUGAGUUCCCAAUCAAAGGGGGGCGAUCAUCGUUAUAGAAAACCUGUAGACGUGAAGAGAUUACAUGCACUUCCAUACUGGGGCGGGGACGGUAGAAAUCACAUCUUGCUGAACCUCGCGCGACGAGAUCUCUCUGCGGAUUCCGGAAAUAUUUUCAACAAUGUGGACACAGGCAGAGCGAUCAUAGUACAGUCGACAUUCUAUAGAAAUCAGUUCCGCACUGCUUUCGAUCUGAUUGUACCGCCAAUCUUGGGGCCACCCGGUGGAGACGUUUGGCAAGAAUGCGCACAAAUGCUGCCCGCGAGAAGAAAGUACCUGCUGUCCUUUCAAGGGGAGAUGAGGACCUACAAAGGCACACCAAUGACGCACCAAAUCGACGAUGUCGACAUGGAUCUGGAGAGAUUAGCAGUGGAUGAUAACAACAUAGAUGCGUUUAUCAUUCAGCAUCUGAAGGACAUGAGCAGCGGAGUAACUCUAGAUAAGUUUUUCAUUCAAUUCGAAUGCAUCCCCGCUUCCGUAGAGAGCAAGCCUGUGGAGGCUCUCGACUGGUCCCUCUGCGGCACCGAUUCCUCCAGACGUACCAUAUUGAAAGAAUCGACGUUCGCGCUGAUCUUGGCGCCCAGCAACGCCACGUUGCUCACCACCUCAUCCAUGCAAGCGAGAUUAUACGAAGCGUUGCGAUCGGGAUCGAUACCGGUGAUUUUGGGCGGUGACCAGGUUUUGCUCAAUUAUAACGAAGUUAUCGCUUGGAGAAGGGCGGUUAUCUUUCUGCCUAAGGCUAGGGUAACUGAAAUGCACUUCCUACUACGUGCUGUUCCCGACAACGAUCUCUUGACGAUGCGAAGACAAGGCAGACUGAUAUGGGAACGUUAUAUGAGCACCGCUCAAGGCGCGGUGGACACGAUCAUAGCAGUGGUCAGAGACAGACUUGGCAUACCGCCGUUGCCAGCGUCUCAAACGCCCAGUCCUAGUGUAUUCAAUGAAAGUUUUGUGCCUUUAAAGUCGGACACUAUCAUCACGGAACCAGAGGCUGAGGAAAGCUUAGGUCCCUUGGAGCCGCCGUACCCAUCUCCUGCUUUCAAGAGGAAUUACACCACGCUGCUAAUUCAGGGUCACGAGAUUUGGAACGACUGGAUGGAUCCAUUCAAUUUGUAUCCGCAGUUACCUUUCGACACUAUCUUACCUAGUGACGCGAAAUUUCUCGGAUCAGAAGUCGGCUUCCGACCUAUCGGCAAAGGUGCCGGCGGUGCUGGAAAAGAGUUCAGUGAGUCAUUGGGAGGAAAUUAUCCGAGAGAGCAAUUCACAAUCGUCAUGUUAACAUACGAGAGGGAACAGGUUCUUAUAAAUUCGCUGGCACGGCUUUACGGUUUGCCUUAUUUGAACAAGGUACUCGUGGUGUGGAACAGUCCUAAACCACCCGUGGAGGAUCUUAAAUGGCCUGACAUUGGCGUUCCCAUACACGUUAUAAAGGCACCGAGGAACAGCUUAAACAAUAGAUUUCUUCCGUUCGAUGCUAUCGAGACGGAAGCCGUUCUCUCUGUUGACGACGAUGCUCACUUGAGGCACGAUGAGAUUAUGUUCGGUUUCAGGGUAUGGAGAGAACAUCGAGAUCGCGUGGUUGGUUUUCCUGGACGUUUUCAUGCGUGGGAUCAGAAUUACCAUAACGCUUGGAACUACAAUUCCAAUUAUUCUUGCGAGUUGUCCAUGGUCUUAACCGGAGCCGCUUUCAUUCAUAAACAUUACACAUAUCUGUAUACCCAUUGGUUACCACAGGCGAUCAGAGAUAAAGUCGACGAAUACAUGAACUGCGAAGACAUCGCCAUGAAUUUCUUGAUAUCUCAUAUCACGAGGAAACCACCAGUUAAAGUAACAUCACGUUGGACGUUUAGAUGUCCGGGUUGUCCAGUCUCACUUUCUGAAGAUGAUACACAUUUUCAAGAGAGACACAAGUGCAUCAACUUUUUUUCUCAGGUUUUUGGAUAUAUGCCUUUGUUGAAUACGCAAUAUCGAGCCGAUUCGAUAUUAUUUAAGACACGAAUACCACAUGACAAACAAAAAUGCUUCAAAUUUAUAUGAAGAAACAACCUAUUAGAAUUUAUAUGUAUGUUUAUCAUAGGAUAAGAUUUAUAUAUGACUUUGAUACAGCCUUCGUCGAGCUCACGUAACUCAUAAUAAAUUAUUAUAUACGACAUUUUACAACAUACAUACAGGAAAUAACUAGCAAUCUGGAAAUAUUUCAUUAAAAUGUCGUUAAAUUGUAUUAAUGAUUAAAGAGUGAACAAAUCUUCAAAUGUACUUUGUAAAUGAUCAAUGUAAAGAUAUAAUUGUAUAA